AUGUCGAUGCGCAUAAAGGAGGUGGUGGAGAAUUUCGUGAAGGAGCUGCGCGUGGCGAUGGAGGCGGACAUACAGGACCGCAUGCUCAAGGAGCGCGAGAUGAAGCAGUACCUCGAGGAGCGCGAGCGGGAGGUCGCGGAGCGCGAGGCCGCGUGGAAGGCGGAGCUCACGCGGAGAGAGGCGGAGAUAGUGAAGCAGGAGGCGCGGCUGCGCGCGGAGCGGGAGAACCUGGAGAAGGAGAAGCGCAUGCUCAUGGGGACGGCGUCCAACCAGGAGAACCAGGACGGGGCGCUGGAGAUCACAGUGAGUGGGGAGAAGUACCGCUGCCUGCGCUUUGCCAAGGCCAAGAAGUGA